GGAGUGAGUGAUGUGGAAAAAAGAAAUGAAAGGAUACAAAUGGCAAGAUGGUCUGAAACGGUCCGUUACACAUUGCUUUUAGUUAUUUGCUCAGUUUUCCACACACCUCUGAGCUCACCGCUUCACCCAACUAUAUAUAGAAACCCAAUUCUGUAAUCAACAAAUGGAAGAGGAGAAAACUAUGUUGAUUGAUGUGAAUGAGAAAGAGAUGAAUGUUAAUGGUGGAGUAGUAGUAGAGGUGAAAGAAGAACCAGUUAUAUUUAUUAAUGAUGAAGAUGACAUUAUUGGGGAUUCAGUACCAAAGCCUUUGGAUGGGUUGCGUGAUGUAGGUCCACCUCCGUUUUUGAAGAAGACGUUUGAAAUGGUGGAUGAUCCAAAUACCGACUCUAUAAUCUCAUGGAGUAACAGUCAAAACAGCUUUGUUGUUUGGGAUCCUCACAAAUUUUCAAUUCAUCUUCUACCUAAACAUUUUAAGCACAACAACUUCUCUAGCUUUAUCCGCCAGCUCAAUACCUAUCGUUUCAGGAAAAUUGAUUCAGAUAGAUGGGAAUUUGCAAAUGAGGGUUUUCAGAAAGGGAAAAAGCAUUUGCUGAUAAAUAUCAAGAGAAGAAAGCAGUAUCCUCAACUAGGAGGAGGAGGUGGUGGAGGAGCAAAAUCUUGGGUAGGAGGUUGUUGCAAGGAUGGAACUGAAGCAGCAGAGAUAGAAAAGCUGAAAAAGGAUCACAACACUUUGAAGAUGGAAAUUCUGAAGCUUAAACAGCAACAAGAGAGCACUGAUAACUAUUUAGCUACUAUGAAGGAGAGGUUACAGAAUAGUGAGAUUAAACAAAAGUAUAUGGUGAUCUUCCUGGCGAAAACGUUCCACAACCCUAUGUUUGUUCAACAUCUGAUUGAAAAGGUGAAACAGGGGAAGACAACAACGGUUGAGAAUGGGACCAAGAAGAGAAGGUUGUGUAGUGAUGAAAAUCAAGAGGAGUACACAACAAUUAAGUCGGAGAUACAAACACUCUUCUCUUGUGAUGAAUCGUCGAAUAGUCCAGUUGAGGAACAAAAAGGCAAGGGAAAUAACAGCAGCCCGGAGAUGGUAUCUGAGAACUAUAUAUUGUGGGAGAAGUUGAUGGAGGAUGACAUGAUUUGUGAGAAUGGAGCAGAAACAGAUAAGUAUCAAAGUGAGAUUGUUCUUGAACUAGAGGAUUUGAUCUCGAACCCAUCCGAGUGCAAGUGUAUGCCUUAAAUGAGCGAGAGUUAGGAUGGUCCAACAGAUAGCUAGCUUAAGAAAAUCACAAUGAAUGUUUUAUCAGUUGGUAGUAACUAACAAUGUAUAAAGGUUUUUACAGAAGAUGAAGAAAAUUAAGUAGUUUGAUAGGGGUUUGGUGAAGAGGAGAAUAUUGUAGAACAAGAAUAUGAAUGUUAGUUUCAUGCAUAGUAUUAGUAAAUAUAAUAUGGUCUUUUCUUCCUGCUUUA